AUGGCGCAGAAACGUGGGCAGCCUGUGCUGGCUUAUAAUGCUGUAAGAGCUUCAGGAGCUCAAUAUAUUUACCAUUUUUUCCCCUUUUUAAACAGGCACUACUUUGCACUGCCCACUAAUCCCGGUGAGCAGUUCUUUAUGUUUUGCACGCUUGCUGCUUGGCUAAUCACUAAAGCGGGACAUCCCUUCGAACAGCCACAGGAAUACGAUGACCCCAAUGCAAUAAUAUCAAAUGUACUCUCAGAAUUGCGAUCAUUUGGAAGGCCUGUGGAUUUUCCUCCGUCAAAAUUAAAGGCAGGUUGUGGAGAGCAAGCGUGCUAUGUUCUUGAUUGUUUAGCUGAAGAAGCCUUGAAAUACACUGGCUUUAGCUGGAAAAGGCCAGCAUAUCCAACAGAAGAGCUAGAAGAAGAAGAAAUAACAGAAGAUGAUGCAGAAUUAACACUUAAUAAACUGGAAGAGGAUGUUGUGGACAUGAAUGACUCUGCAAAGCAAGAGGAGAUUUUACAGUCCACAACAGAUGCAGCAGAGUGGAAUCUGGAAGUGGAACGCGUGCUUCCACAGCUGAAAGUUACAGUCAGGACUGACAAUAAGGAUUGGAGGAUUCACGUAGAUCAAAUGCAUCAGCAUAAAGAUGGAAUUGAAUCUUCUUUGAAAGAAACUAGGGGUUACCUUGACAAACUCCAUAAUGAAAUCAGCAGAACAUUGGAAAAGAUCCAUAGCAGGGAAAAGUACAUCAACAAUCAGUUGGAGCACUUGGUUCAAGAGUACCGUUCAGCACAAGCCUUGCUGAGUGAGGCUAAAGAGAAGUACCAGGAGGGAAGUGGAGGAGUAACUGAAAGAAUUAAAGUGCUUUCUGAGAUUACAGAAGUGCUAGAGAGAGUAAAGCAGGAAACAGAAGAGAAAGGAAGCAGUAUGACUGAUGGUGCUCCUCUUGUGAAGAUUAAACAGGCCUUAACGAAAUUGAAGCAAGAAACCAUUCAGAUGGACAUACAAAUUGGUGUAAUGGAACACACGUUACUCCAGUCAAAGCUGAAAGAGAAAUCCAAUAUGACUAGAGAUAUGCAUGCAACAAUGAUUCCAGAAGCCACAGUAGGUGUCUAUUAAAAUCAUUUGGAGCUGACUUGGUUUGCACAAAUUACAGUUUUCUACCAUUUGCUUUUUUGUUAGUUUAGAGGCUCCUUUUUGUUGAGGAAGGGGGGGCAUUAAUUUUUCUCUUUUGUUUCUAAGAAGAUGCUUGUCAUGCACUCUUAAGAAGUAACAUGCACGCUUUGAACUCAGCAUGGAGUCACAUUUAGUUUUGUGCUGUAAAAAUUUACUGCGGAUCCCUUCCAGAUAUACCAAUAAAUUUUUAUUAGUGAACACGUCUCUACUUCAUUGGAGAAUGUUAUAUAGUGUGAAAGUCUAUAGAAUGAUACUGACAGCCUGUAAUCUUGAUAUUCUACAGUGCUGAAAGAAAAUUGCUUGCAAAGGACUUGAAAUGAAUUUUAAAUGUCUAAAAUUGCCAUGUACGUACAUUUAAUCUGAAGUAUUUAAUUGCUGAUACUGAAAUAAUACAGCAUUAUCCUUUCUAAAAGGCUGGGUUAAAAUUGAUUUCAGCUGCAAGUAAAAGUAAAUUGUUGCUUCCACUUGAGGAAUUAAGCAAAGAACUAAUGUUGCAAUAGUUGCAAUAAUACUGGAAUGCUCCUUGGGCAGCCCUACACAAAUAUGUGAAUGGACAACCACUGUGUGUAGACAAC